CUGUGCAGUUUAUAAUCUUGGAUAGUAGGUGUAUUGUUUACUAUUGAAUGCCCAUUUAAAGUCAUUUAAGUUGUUGACUAAGCUUAUUGACAUUACUAAUAUUUAAAACAUGAUUAAUAAACUUUAGAGUAUAAUUCUCUUUUUGUCUUUUUUUACUAUCAUUGUGAAUUUAAUGUGGCAAAAUAUGUUUUGCAGGUAUAGUACCCUAUAUAAAGUUUUGUUUAUUGUGGAAAACUCUAAUUGUUUAAGAUUCGUUUGUUCUCUUAUAAGUGUUUAUAAAUGUAUAUUAUGUUUUUCAUAGAACAUGUAACAACAAAACUUGUAGAUGUCUUUAAAAUCUAUGAAAACAUAAAAUAUGAAUAUCAAGUUUGGAAUAUUUUUGUCUUUGCUGCCAGUAAUUGUGAAAUGUUUCAAUGUUGACUCCCAGCACACAUACUUUAGUUUUAAUAAAGGUUCAAACACCCACUUUGGUUUUGCUGUUGCAUUGCAAAAAGCUAACACGUUACUUAUUGGUGCUCCAUUAGGCAAUUUUUCAGGCAACUUAGAAGGUGCUGUUUACAGAUGUACAGUGGAUAAUAAUAAUAACUGUAACAUUAUAUCAGUAAGGGCUGAUUAUCUAAAUUCGGAACCUAAACCUAGACGUCAUAAUCAGCGUAUGGGUAUGACAUUUAUAAAAGUUAAAGAAAAUGUGCUGACAUGUGCACCGAGAUGGAAUGAUAGGCAGCUGAAUAUCAAAGGAUAUUAUAAUUUAUGGUUUCGUGGUAGAUGUUCAUCAUUAACAUCAGAUUUGAAAGUGGAGUAUACGCAUGAUCCUUGUGAAUACGACAUUAUGGGAAACAAAGAUAACGGCUAUUGUGUUGCUGGAUUAAGUGCAACUGGGAUAAUGUAUAAUGGGCUACCAUUUUAUAUUGUUGGAUUACCAGGUGCAAAGGAUGAAAAAGGAAUUUUAAGUGUUAUAUCCAGAAAUCAGAAUUUCAAGAGCUCCAUUGAUCAACUUUCAGAUAUUAGUUCGUUAAUGGGAUAUUCUGUUUCUUGGGGAAAUUUUGAUAAUUCUGAGUUAGGUGAAGUGGCUGGUGGUGCUCCCAGAGCUAAUGAUUUAAAGGGAUUGGUCAUUAUUUACAGAAUUGAAAGAAAAACUUCGACUUUCUCGAUCUUAACAAAACUGGAAAGUCCAAGUCACUCAAUUGGAACAUAUUUUGGUGGUUCUGUUUGUGCAGUUGACUUGGACAAUGAUGGAAAUGAUGAUCUUCUCGUUGGUGCUCCAAUGUACUCCAAAGUUCGUGAUGAAGGUAGAAUGUACAUCUACAUGAGGCGAAAAGGAGAAAAAUUUGUUGGGUUUGACUUGCAAAGCGAAACUAUUGAUGGAGAAUCAAAAGUGGGGGCUAAAUUUGCAACAACUAUUGUAAAGGUUGGUGACAUCAAUGGAGAUGGUUAUAAUGAUAUUGCUGUUGGUGCACCAUUUGGUGGAAACGGGGAAGCUGACAACAAAGGUGCUGUGUACAUAUACAAUGGGGGAUCUACUGGUCUACAUAAAGCAUAUUCACAGGUUAUAUAUGCAUCUACAUUGCGUGGAGCACCUGCAGGCUUUGGAGUUUCUAUAUCAACUGGACUUGAUGUGGAUGCAAAUACAUACCCAGAUUUUGCAGUUGGUGCUUAUUUGAAUGACACUGUUUUUCUAUUCAAGACUCGACCCAUCGUGACGUUAUCUGACAACCUACAAACAAAUGUUUCCUUUGUUCCACCAGAGAUGAAAAACUCCAAUUGUAAUGGGCCUGAUGGUGAAAAGUAUUAUUGUAUUGAAUUUCAAUUUAACUUACAGUACUCUGGAAAAGGAAGUCCGAACACUUUUGAUCUUGAGAUUUCAUUGGACCUUGACCCUGUGAGAAUUAUUAAGCGAGCUUAUCUCUUGACUGCAUCAAACACAUUAACUUAUUCUAUGAAAAGAAAUGUAACAUUGGAAAAAGGAAAGUUGCAGAAGAUACCAGUUAUUGUUUAUUUCGACUUAGAGCUGGGAACAGAUGUUGAAACACCGAUUGUCUUCACAACACAUUAUAAAGCAUAUGAAAAGCUUGGUGGCUGUGGAGCGGAAAUCUGUCCUGUUGUUGAUUUAUAUGGUAAAGUAUCAAGCUCAUUAGAGAUUUCUUAUUUAAAAAGAUGUGGUGCUGAUUCAACUUGCAACACAGAUCUUGUCCUUAAAUCAGCAGUGGUUUUUCCAAACCAUCCAACCGAAGAAAGAAUUUUACAUGGAGCAGUUUACGAGGUGAAUGUUCAAGCGAAUGUUACUAAUUUGGGCGAACCUGCUUAUCAAGCAAGAAUACAAAUGAACUUUACAUCUGAUCUGGAAGUCAUUGGGGUUGAUAUUAAUGGUAGACCUUAUGUGUUGUGGCAGUUAAAGAAACUAAAUCUUAAAACCCACCAGUUGUUGUUUCCAAUUGCAAAUCCAGUGCAAGGAGGUGGUAAUGAAACGGUGAGAGUGAUAGUCAAAUUCUCAGUUACCAAGUUGCGUCCUUCUGCAAAGUAUUACACGUUUUCUACACUAGUAAUUUCAAGUGGACAAGAAGAUAAUCACCACGAUAACUCUAAAAUCCACAGCAUAGAAACGAAAAUUCAAUCAUGCAUUCGAGUGCAAGGUGAUGCAAGACCACCCCAGAUUACAUAUGAGAAUAACAAACUGCAACCACCUAGAAUAAAUGCAACAGUUGAAGAUAUUGGGCAGGAAGUUGUGUAUGCCAUCUAUGUUCAAAAUGCUGGCAAAUCACCUGUUAGCACCUUGCUUGCUGAUGUGGAAAUAGUUGCUAAAAAAGGACAGUAUAACUUCAUGUACAUUGUUGAUAUGAGGGUUGAUAGUGUUCAAUGCAGCAAAGAUAUGUUGAAUUCAUUGAACUACAGUAUUCCAAACCAACCAUUUUCUCAACCAUCUUCCGUUGUUGGUAAAACCAGGAAUAGACGUGAUACUGGUGCUGUUAAUUGUCGAAGUGGCAAAUGCAAAACAUACAGCUGUGAAAUAAGCAACAUUGAUCCGGGAAAAGGUGCUACCAUAAUCAUAAUGGCCAGGCUUUGGGAAGCUAACAUAGCACAGAUGGCUUUACCAUUAAGUAACAUUGAGACAGUGGUGAAUAUAAAAUUAACUGGUCCUGAUCGAGCAGACUAUGUACAAAAAGAAGGAUGUAACAUGAACACAAUGAUAAAGCUGGAAUUGUCUCCUUCGAAAAAAGAAGAAGAAUCUAAAAGUGUUUCAUGGUGGGUGAUAUUGCUUUGUGUUGUUGGUGCUCUAAUUGUAUUGGCCAUCGCUGCUGCAUUGUUGUACAAGAUUGGUUUCUUUAAACGUGACCGAAAAAUAAAACAAAUAUCUGGACCAGAACAGGAAAAGCAUGCUAACCCAGAUGAUGAUGACGAUGAUGACGACGAUGACUAAAAUACUUAUUGAAUCCAUUGUGUUGUUAA